AACGAGGUCUUACUAAACAAGUCAACGGGUGUCUUUAUUUUCAACCGUAUUUCAGACAAAACCUUCAUUUAUUAACUAACACGUGGGCACAACAUUUCUCUGUCCAAUCUCGGGAGAAGAGAAAUAUUUGCUCAGAUUCAGUCAAAUUAGUUUCUUAUUUCCUUUUCUAGUUGUGAUAACGAAUGGAAAUUUCCAAAGUGAUUUCCUGUCGACCAAAGGAAAUGAGGCACAAUUAUUGCAAUUAACAAAGCUUGCUAUAGAUUUUCAGUUUUGGUUCAUUUUUUGCAAAAAUAGUAUAAUUAGCGGUUGGGCAAAAGUGCGAGAAAAUAUCAGAAUCUAGUCUUUUUCAAUUUUUUUGUCCAUUUCAAAAAGUCUUUCUGGCAACGCACUAUGCUAAAUAUAUCAGAAAUUUUGUCAUAGUUGAUCUGUCAAAAAAAAGAUCUGAAGUUUUUAAUAAGAUAGGUGCUAUCGAUUGACAUUUAACAAUUGUCUUCAACAAAAACACGGCAUAGUCAUACCAGGAAAAAUUCAACGCAAGACGACCCACUUGAGCAAUUCAAUUUACCCUUUCUGCUUUUCUCGAUGUACGUAGCAGCAAAUAAAGCCCUACAGUAGAAAUCAAUCGAAGCCUUCAAAUAAUCUGAAAGGUACAUUAAAGAUCAACCAAAACAACACGCUUUGAAAUUGGCGUGCUUGACAAAAUUUCCUCAGUUUUGAGUAAAUUACAUUUCCAGAACCCGCGCUCUUGUACGGAGUUAUCCCAACUGGAGGUCCCACGUAAUCCCGCCUAAUCUGGGAAUUAACCGGGAAGGAAUUGGAAUAGCGGAUUUUAUUGCUCAACUCUUUCUUUCGCAUUAUUACCCUUUCUGUUAAAUCUCUGUGCAGAGUACAAAGUGAUUAUCUGGGAUUAUCAAUGAUAGAGAGAUGGAGUCUCUAAUGGAUGAUUUAAUGAACAACUCUCCCGCCCAGAGACAGAAGGUGGGCAAGAGGAACUCCAUGGGGGGACCUGCCUCCUCUUCUCAUUCAGGUCACAGAAGGCCAAGUCUCCUGUCAACAAUGAAAGUGUAUAAAGGAGCGGAUGAACAAAAGACUAAUCAACACAAACCACUUCAGGCAAGCAAGUCAUCAAUUGUCAGCCCCAGCAUAUAUGUGCAGGAGACCACAGUUUUGGACGAGAAACAACCGAUGGUUCUUCUCCAAGCAGCAUCCUCGUCAGCAGAGAACCCGGCGGGGGGCAACCGAUUCAGAUCCAGCUCUUUUUCUCGACACAACAAUGACGCAUCCCUUCUCAAGCCAGUUUCUGAAUCGGACGAUCUGCACAAAAGUAGUUUGAAGUGUCCCUCCGCGGCACUCAACCCGAAGUCCAAAUCGGGCCCGAGGCGAAACAGUUUCUGCGUGUCGAUGGAAGUGAAACAAAAGCAAACCUCUCUCAAAACGUUGGGGCUUUUUAAAUGAUUAAACAACUUAAUUGAAUGACAAAUAAAAAAUUGAUGUUACAUUUAUGAAAAAUUCAGGCGUUGAAUCCAGCAUCAAUCA